AUGUUGAAUUUGUAUUCAGGUAAGUACUACAUACGGCACAUCGACCAUACCAACUACACCAUAAGGGUUGCCGAUGUAGGGAUGAGAAAGGGCAAUUGUUCGUCUCUUCCUCGCCGCUCCUUGUGGUGCGGCAACUUCAGCUACCAUGAUCCGUAUAGUGCUUGUGACUACGAGUCGUCCAUGUUCUAUGGUCAAGAGCCAUCCAAAACUGUCUUGAUCGUGAAAUGCACGAAGGCGGUUGCUUCUCGGCUUUACAUUGAUGCUUCAUCGUGCCUUGAUGGGGUCAAAUUUUCGAAUUUUUCUAGAACAAGAAGGCGAAUAUAUGCCAUGGUCGAUGCGAAUGUCUCGAACGUGGAAACUGCAUGCACUAUAGAGCUUAUGGCAAUGAUACCUGGGUGGGUUGAUGGCAAUAAUCCUCGGUCCGAUGCCCAAAUUCACGAACAGAUGGUUUAUGGAUUUGAGCUUUCAUGGCUUCCAAUUGCGGGUAUGAUGUAUUGCAAACGUCAUUAUUAUUGGGAAAUCAGCAGCAAGCACCAAAUUCAGUGCGGACCCAAGAAAGGAAAAGUUAUCGUCAAUUACCUCUUCAUUAUCGGUUGGUCGUUGAUGGAGAUGAUUCCGCUCUAUGGCAUCGUGCCAUUCAUUGUUGUGAAAUUCAUCGUGGGAGCCCCAUGUGUGAUGCUGUUGCUAAUACGCAAAUGGAGGAGAAGGCACUUAGCAAUGGAUCAAAAUGUUGAAGAAUUUUUGCAGUCCAACAAUAACUUCUUGCCAAUAUGGUACUCUUACUCAGACAUCAAGAAAAUCACGGGCGGUCUCAAGGACAAGCUAGGCGAGGGAGGGUAUGGUUCCGUUUUCAAAGGAAGACUCCGGAGCGGCCACGAGGUGGCUGUGAAGAUUCUGAAGAAGGGGAAUGCGAACAAGCAGGACUUCAUCAGCGAAGUGGCUACCAUCGAAAGAAUUUACCAUGUUAAUGUGGUUGGACUCAUUGGUUUUUGCUUUGAGGGCUCUAAACAAGCUAUUGUUUACGAUUUCAUGCACAAUGGGUCUUUGGAAAAGCACAUUUUCUCACAAGGAGGACAAGAGACUUCUCUUGAUUGCAACGAAGUGUACAAGAUUGCUCUUGGAGUGGCUAGAGGGAUUGAGUAUCUUCAUCGGGGAUACGGCAUUCAAAUUCUGCACUUUGAUAUCAAGCCUCACAAUAUUCUUCUCGACAAGGAUUUUAACCCAAAAAUUUCUGACUUUGGGCUUGCCAAAUUGGAUCCCACGGACUACAACACCAUAUCCUUGACUGCUGCAAGAGGAACUUUAGGAUACAUGGCUCUAGAGCUGGUCUAUAGGAACCUCGGGGGCGUCUCUUACAAAGCCGAUGUCUACAGUUUCGGUAAAUUGCUGAUGGAAAUGGCUAGGGAAGGAACAAUAUGGAUGCAGAUGUAG